AUGUCCUGCGAGGGCUGCCUGCAUCCUUUCCCACAGUACCCAAUACCGUGCAGCUGGUGGUGGUUCGCAGGUUCCCCUCCGAUUUCAGAAGCUGUAGGGAGGGUUUCCUCCACAACCCAGUGUGUCCUUGGAAGCUGCCAACCUGCAGCGCUCUCAACCUGUGCAAGCUUAGCUUCUUCGGUAUUUGUUAAAAGUGGUGGAAGAUGUUCGAUUACUGGCCUCUCAGCUGCUAAAGUGUCUGCUCUCCCCAUAUCCCCGGACUUGCAAGACGGGCUGCAGCGCUUGGGUAUUCGGAGACUUGCGGAGGUCCAGCGAAUAUGUCUCCUGCGUGCAUUGGGGGGGACAAGUCUCGUUGUUGCUGCAAAUCCAGGGUCUGGGAAGACGCUGGCCUACCUCCUUCCUGUCCUGCAGCGCUUCGUGGCUGAAGACGGGCGGCAGACGUUGGAUAUCUCAGACGGGUCGCCCCCAUCUCCUUUUGCUCUUAUUCUAGUUCCUUCUCGUGAGCUAGCAAGGCAAGUGGCGAAAGUUGCAAUGGCCUUGCUGCCUCACGCGCCCGUGCUGCUGUUAGACCCUGCAUCUUCCUUACGGCACCAUCAACAACUGCUGAGCCAUUUGCCCGUCAAGAUUGUCGUAUCCACUCCUGAUAGGGUCCGGUCACUAAUGUGGAGAAGGCGUGUGCAAGCUGCUGGAAGGGCGGAACACGGUGAACCUCUCCAUCUCAGCUUGAAAAACCUUCAUGUCUUAGUAAUCGAUGAGGCAGACUGUAUGUUGCGUCGGGACUACCACUCUAAGGUGCAGUUCAUUUAUCGGACUGCCAUAGGCUGCAACUCUGGCGAGGAGAAAGCUGGAACUGGAGAAGGCCUCCGGGAAUGCAGUGCAGUCGUAGGAGCUGGUGUAAGGCACCACAUUUGCUACAUACCCUCGUGGAGUGGCUCAAAUGCUUCACAAGAUACUAUCUGCGACGGAUCUAAGGCACUGGCAAAAAAUGGUGAGUAUCUGACAUGCGCCUCUUGCUAUCGAAGAUCGGCAUCUGUGAUGCUUUGGGCAUCCGUGCUUGUCAGCACCGAUAUAGCCGCUAGAGGAUUCGACAUCCCGUCUGUCAUCCUUGUUGUCCAUAUGCACCCACCAAGUACUCCCGAAAACUACACGCACAGAGCAGGCCGCGCAGGGAGGGGCAGCACUCCAGGGGCAUCAGUUGUGCUCUGUAGCAACCAGGAGUUGCAUAAACUUCGGGAUAUCGCGCGUUUAGGGCAUGUAAACUUUGAGCGUCGAGCACUUCCAGAAGCUGCCGACUGUCAGGAGCUCAUGCUAAGGCAAUUGACAGUAUGCCCCGCUUUUAGACGUGGCGCAGCGCCUCCAGGAAAAGAUGGGGGCUCAGGCGCUUGCGACGGUCUUGCUCAAACUGGGAGGGGCCGCUGCACAUACGAACGCAGCGCCUUCACGGUCUACUGGCUGCACGCCGACUUCUUCAAGGCAUGUUGCCCGGAGGCGCAACUCCAGAGAUUGUCUCUUGCACAGUCGAGGAAAGAGACGCGUCGGCAAGCUGUGCAGAAAGAUCGAGUAUUCAAGAGCGAUUCUUUGCAUAUUCAAGCUCUCAAAAAUAUGAAUCUUGGCAGCGCAAAGCGUCCCUGA